GCAAUUAAACUACAUAAAUAAGAACUAACAGUUUUGUCGUGUUUCACAUUUCAAUGCCCGAAGGGAUUGCGCUAACAGCUUUCACAUUGAGUAUUAGAGUUUGAGAUAAAAGCUUUAACUUCAACAAAUUUACCAGAGUAUUUUUAAACAUGUAAUACUCUAACUGUCAUUUCUAGCAUAGUAGUUUUCAUUUUGACAUUACAAUCUCAAAGAGUAUGGAAUUCUAAAUAAAAAAAAAUUUAUGUUACAUUUCAUUUUGAUGAAACAAUUCAACAUAGGUUUUUGUUUUCUUCGAAAAAAGCUAUGUUCAAUAUACUUAUGAAUAAAACAAUCAAUUUAUAAUAUAUAUUCUCUUUUUCUUUAAUCCUAUACUAGGAUUUUAGCGAUGAAUUCAUGAAUAAUUGUUGGAGAACAUUUAUAUCACCAUCAGUUUCAAUGACAUUUCGACAAGCAGCUAUUUCUUAUUUAUGUAGUUUAAUUGCUCGUGCUAAAUAUAUAACAACAAGAUCUGUAUUAACUAUAACACAAUUAAUGGUUGAUUGGUUACAUUCUUAUGUUGGUACAACAGAAAAAAGUAGUGGUAAUGCAAAUCCAAAUCGUCAUUUACCAUUUUAUGCUAUCUGUCAAGCAGUUCUAUAUAUAUUUAUUUAUCGACAUCAUGAAAUAGCUCGAUUACAUGAUGGUAAAAAAAAAAAAAAAAAAAAAAAAAAUCAAAAAUAG